UCAAAUUCAAUCACCAUCAUCAUCAAUGACAUCAUCGAUAUCAUCAAUUAGAAAAGAAUCACCGAUUGAAUCGAUGACUUUAGAUGUGGAUUCAUUUGAUGAUGAUCAUCAUGGUCCGUCAUUAGCCGAUGAUGAAUCAUCUUUAUCGCCAACAACCAAUUUAUUUUCGAGGAAAAUUACAUCAACAGUAACCACCGAUGUUGUUCAACAGCAAUCAAAAUCGAUUGAUGGAUCACAAUCAAUUCAAUCAAUGUCAUUAGCAGCAGCAGCACAAUCCUAUCUACUUUGGUCACAAAUAAACAAUGGAUCAUCAAUUAUUCCGCAUACAUCAUUACUAACACCACCACCGCCAACAACAAAUGAAUCAUUAAAAUUACAAUUACAAAUGAUGUUUCAGGCUGCAUUACAAAAACAACAACAACAACAACAACAACCGCAUCAUCAACUGGAACGUUCAUCAACAAUAAAACAUCAACAACAACAACAAUCAUCAUCGACGAAUCAAUCAUCAAUAAGAAAUCGAUUAUGGCGUCCAUAUUGAGAAAAUGUCGUUGUUAUUUUUUAUUAUUAUUAAAUCAAAUUGU